AAGAAAGAAAGAAAGAAAGAAAGAAAGAAAGAAAGAAAGACCAGUUAUUUUGGAUUUGUCUAAAGUGGCAAAGAUCAGCACGUGGCUAAGGAAGAGAGAAAGUGACACUCUCCGUGGGCCGGCGUGGCUCAAGAUCCACCACUGAAUCCACCUCAAGGAAGGAACUCACCUGCGUGUCCCAGAAAGGUGCCAGGGCCUUCAGGCUGGAGGAGAGAAGACAGGAGACCAAAAAAGAGAGAAACUUUGACCCCCCCCCCCGAAUCCCUGCAAGGAUCACAUAAUUUCGGAGCCUGUGUCUGGGUACCGCUCGUGUCCAGUUUUGGGUUUUGUUAAAACAGGGGAAUAAAAAAAACGACGACCAUGUUGCGAUUUAGCGCUAUGCCACUGAGGGCUGGCCUUGGCCGGGAUGUUUCGUCGUCGUAGUGGGCCUGGCAGGUUUGGGUCGGUCCAGGUGGAGAGGAGACACUGGAAUCUGUUCUCCUCGGCGUGGGCAUCCGAAGGAGGAUUAAACCGGACUGGGGUGGGUGGGCGUUUGGAGUUCCCGUGGCCGGCGGGAUGUCUUGCAUUUUGGAGUUUUUCUGACUUUCUAGGAAGGAUAUGGAUGGUCCUUCGAGGUGGUUUUUUUCUUCUUCUCUCCUUGGCAAGCCGCUUUGAUUUCUGAUUAGUUUGGGUUUGGAUUGCCCCGGGGACUCGCCUGGGGAAUUUCUCAUGGCUCCGGACUUGGGAAAGGAGGGCUUUCUCCCCGGGAGUGCUUUUUGACGGAUGACUUUGGAGAGAGAGAGAGAGAGAAGGGCUGAAAGAUUUUCAAUGUCCUGAGUCCGUCUAAGAUGAAGGUAUGGAAACUGGCAGCUAUCGUCUCCAUGGUCUUUAGCUCCAUGCUGUCCGCCUUGGUGUGCAGAGACCUUCUCCGUGGGAGCCCCCUAAACGCCUUCUCCUCUGCCUCCUCUCCGCUCUUCCCCAGAACAUCAUCCUCAUCAUCCUCCCUAGCCGGAGGCCCAAGGCGACACCCCCGGGAUCUGAGGCGCCGGCCUUCUCUCCUCGCCCAGUAUAGCACACUCUUCGAGAGCUACACGGAGGGAGAAAUCCGCCAGCUGAUUUCCACCCUGAUCGAGCGCUACAGCCAGUCCAUGAACUCCGGUGGCCACGAGCUCCCCCUUUUCGCCCGGGCUGGCAACCGGAUGAAGCGGGCCAAAGCCCGCCACAAGCCCUGCUCCCUCAAGGAGCUGGAGGUGACAGUUAGCGAACUGGGUCUGGGUUACGAAUCCGAUGAGACGGUGCUCUUCCGCUACUGCAGCGGAACCUGCGACUCGGCUGUGCGCAACUAUGACCUCUCGCUGAAGAACGUCCGAAGCAUGCGGAAGAUCAAGAAGGAGAAAGUGCGGGCCCGGCCAUGUUGCCGACCCCUGGCGUACGACGAUGACGUCUCUUUCCUGGACACGGGGAACAAGUACUACACGGUCAACGAGGUGUCGGCCAAGGAAUGUGGCUGCGUGUGACGGAGGAGGAGGAGGGAAAGAGGGCGUAACACAGAGGGGAGCGAAAUUCUCCGUCGCACGGUUCGUUAGAAGCUGCCGAGGGAAGACCAGUUGUCCAAAGACAAGCGAGAAAGAGAGCGGGGAAUGAAAAUAUAAAAAUAUGAGAGAGGGCGGUGGAGACACUCGCACUCGGAACAGCAAAGAGAGGACUGGUUUUGAUAUAUGCCUCUGUGCUAGCGAUGGACGCACGGCCUGCGUAUCCGUUGGAAUAGCCGAAGCCAUAUCUUUCUCGCAAGGGGAUGCCCAGUGGCACAACACUGGAAGGAUGGCCAUCAGGGGCCCAAAACCGUCGUUACGGCAAGUCCGUUAUCGGAACCGGAGCUCCUGUAAGAGGUGGAAUCCUUUCGUCUCUUCUCAACUGACGUUCAUGAGGUCUGUCCGGUUGCAGUUCAGCUUUUCCUUUUCGCUUGGCUGCAGGGCAUGAAGAGAGGAGAACAGGCAUCGUUUGCAAAUUGCUUGGGCCAGUACAGAAGUUUUGGAGGAAAAGCGUCUUUGGAGGGAAAAUGUUUUCUCAGCUCCUAUUUGUGAAGUCAGUGUCUGGUUUAUUUCCGUCUUCGGUUCCUCACAACAGAGAAUGAGGUGUUUUUUCCAGGGCAGACGGGACACCAUAAUCCACUGCCUUGUUGCCGCAUUCAUGCCGUGUUUUUUCAACUCCGUAACCGGAAAAUGAGAAGAAGCCAUUUUCCUGUGAGAUCUCUCUGCUUUGGUAAAGCGGACGCAAAAUCUUUACUUCGGGCAAUUUUGAAGCCAGGCGGUUCAUUUGAUUCCACACAUGCCAAACUUUUCAAAAACGUGUGGAGGAAAAGAUCAGCAAUCCAGAGAAUUAUCUCUCGGACCCUUUCCCGGCCGGGAUCCAGAUGGCCUAAACCCCACCGAGUACUCCCAUGGCCAGUAAAUUGGGUUAACCCCGGAACAAGAGGCCGCGAAACCGCAUGCAAGAUGGCAUAUCGGCGUUUGAGGGGCCUUGAAACAGUGACCCACAGCCAUACGUGACCUCUGGGAGGGCCGGGUUGGGGCAACCUAAGCCAAGAGAGGGAGCAGAGGUGCCCAUGGGCCCGAGAUGUGGGAGCCCACCCUCUUCUGAUCACGAUUCACCUACAGGAGGCCAGGCCUUCCCCUUUUUCCCUCUGCCGCCAACUUCUUCCCUGCCACCCGACUUCUGCACAUGGCGGGGAGGGGGAAUUCCAAGUCCGAUGGCUCUGGCGUGGACAUUUGAAGGAAUGACGUCUCUGGAGGGAAAACCGUGUUGUCCCUUCCACACGACAUGUUCACUAUAGCAUAUGGGUCUGACCCUAGCUAUUGAUUUAGAUCGACCUUCUCCCCACAGUAUCUAUUUUUCCCACUCACCCACCCCAAAAUACCAGGUCUUUCCACCCCCUAGUUUCUUCACUGCCUGGGUGCUGGUCCCGUUGUCCCAUGGAUCUGAUGCAAUCUCUUUCUAUAUUAUCGUUAUAGAUAAACUAUUUAUUCAAAGUAACUUAUGAUAUUUAUUUAGGUAUCACCCAGUGCAUUCUGCCUUCAUGCAUUGAAGGGGUGGGAUGGGGAAAAACCCAUCCGUUUUGCUUCUUUCUUCCCCGACCCCUCUUGCUUUCCUAAUUUAUUGCACACAGAGACACACCCAAAAACUGUGCCAAUGUUCACACAUUGGGCUGCGUUUUUUACCAUUGUUAUUUCCGAACAAAGAAGGAGUUUGGGGGGGGGGAAGCAAUGCAAAUUAAGAGAAUAAAAAAGUC